AUGGACCUGCUUGUAGUAAAGAGAGAAGUCUUGGGUCAAGGAAGUAAAGAAAGAACAGGCCAAGCAAGUAAGGAACCGGGAAAGCGAGCCAAGCAAGCCCUCGAGUAUUGGAGUUGGGAUGGGCGCCUAAAGCUAAGUCCUCAAGAAAGGGGAAUCCUAUGGUUACCUAGGCAUCCGGCUACCUAUCAGGACGAGAAGUUACGUAGAAAGGGAAGAGUUCUAGAGAUUCCUCCGAUACCUUUUAGCUGCUUCACGCAGAGACUCCAAGGCGUUCUAACGGAAGAGGAAAGAGUUGUUUAUGCCUUCCCUUCGCCCGGAAAGAGUUUAUGCCCUCUGUCUUAG